AUUCCAAGCUCUGUUCUGAUCUUAGUUGGAAGAGUCAAAUCCGUGAGACAGUUACACACGCCGCCUUUGUAGUCGUACAACCUUGCAAGUAAUUCCCAUCUUCACCUUCAUAUAGCUGCUCAUCUUCCACCUUCGACGAGCCAUUCAUCGUCACUGAGGGGUCGAGAGCUUCGGAGCAGAACGAGCCGUCCGUCCACGAAAUGGCGUCUAUUAUGAGGGAAGAGGAUCAGGAGAAGCAGCAGCAGCCCCUCCUCACUCCUCGUGGAUCUUCAUCAUCGGCUGAAGGGCAGAUGACAUCGUUGCAGAAGCUCCCGGGGCAGACGUACGAGAGCGCCGCCAACCUCGCCAAGUGCCUCCCCACCGGCACCGUGCUCGCUUUCCAAGUCCUCUCCCCCAUCCUCGCCGACGCCGGCCACUGCAUCAAAGCCAACCAGGUCAUGACCGCAUGCCUGGUGGCACUCUUCGGCCUCUCCUGCUUCAUCUUAAGCUUCACCGACAGCUUCCGCGACGAGACCACCGGCCGGGUGCGCUACGGUGUCGCCACCAUCAAGGGCCUGUGGGUCAUCGACUCCCUGAAGCCGCCCUCGCCGGAGCUUGCCGCCAAGUACAGGCUAAAGCUCAUCGACUUCAUGCAUGCUUCGGUGACGCUGUUGGUGUUUGCGGCGGUAGCCCUGUCGGACAAGAACGUGGCGUCCUGCUUCUACCACAUAGGUAGUGAGAACAGUAAGAAGUUGCUCGAGGCCCUUCCUGCAGUGAUCGGAUUUAUCGCCAGCACAGUGUGCGUUGCUUUUCCGAGCGCUCGCCACGGCAUCGGCUCUCCGGUCUCCGCCAUCUGAUGAUAUAUGUUGCCGGGUUUCGUUGACUUCUCCUACUUCUUCUGUUGGUGUUCAAAGUCAAUGGAUUCACAGUUGGUCGUUA